GACCUUUGACCUAAUGAGUUUUCUGACUGCUUUUUUGGUUUGAGUUGUAGUCUCAUUCAGAAAAGCUGCUACUACAGAGAGAGUAGUGAAGAGGGAUAGUGUUGAGGACGAAGGAGACAAGAUGAGCAGCGGGCGCAGUGUCAUAAAGGUGUUCUUGGUGAACGGAGAGUCACGCAGCGUACGACUGGACGAGCGGAUGGAAGUUACGGACGUGGUUCGCAGUGUCCUCCACAGACUAAGGGUCAACAUGGAGGUAGCUCCUCAACUGUUCUCCAUUUUCCUCCGUCACCGUGACGAGGGAGAGAGCUACUGGCUCCAACCUGGGUUCACUGUCGCCGAGCAACUAGCCAGCUACACUGCCAGGAAACCUCUGGAUCAGUGGAGGUGUUUGUAUGUGUCACAUGGCAGCAGUAUGACAUCGUGUUGUGUCGUAUGUAUAUACUUGCAGGUUUAUGCUGAGGAUGAGAGUGUUGCCACGGACACCUCAGCACCUCCUGACGCAAGAUCCUGUCACCUUCCAAUACUUCUAUGACCAGGUUCUCCAUAGUUACCUGGUGGACAGCGAGAUCGCCGUGGACAACGAGACGGCUGUCAAACUGGGCUGUCUGGAGCUGCGCAGGUUCUUCAAAGACAUGCCUCAAGUCGCUCUCAAGAAGAAAGAGAAUUUCGACAUGCUCGAAAAGGACAUUGGACUGGAGAAGUUUUUCAAGUCAUCUCUUCUCUCCUCACUCAAGAGAAAGAACCUUCGAACCAUGGUUCUCCAUGCAUUUCAGAACUACGAGAGUCUUACAAUGGAGGGAUGUAUAUUUCAAUUCUUCUCUCUUCUCUCCAAGUUUCACUCCAUUGACGUGGAGUCCUUCCAAAACUGUGCCGUUGGGGACGACCAGACGGCGCGGCUGUCGUGUGUCAUAUUUGUGGGAGCCAACUGUAACCUGGAGUACCAGCUGGAGGGAGGAGAGCGGAGGUUCCUUGCUGCCUUCUCCGAUAUCGAGGACGUGUGUUAUGAGAGUGAACUGAUGAGUCGAGGUCGUGUUGUCAUGGACGUGCGGACAGCAGCGAUGGCAGUGGUGAUUCGGACUGCUACCAUGACGAUGGCAGUCCACCUGGCUACUCUAAUUGAUGCCUACUGCAUGGUCUACACUCCAAACCCCCAUUCUCGGAUGUCUGGAAUUGGCAGGAAGAGCUACUCAAACCCACGACUGUCAGGUCUGUACAGCUCUCUCGAGGAAGAGAGAAUGAGAGGUGUCGUCGAUCAUUACGGGAUCUCCAUGGCAACGCAUUCCUUCACACCCGGGGAUGACUAUGCAGAAGUGAGAGAGCCAGACAGACAGGUCCUCGGCAGAGCCAUCUCUCCACGGGAGGUCAUGUUAGAGGAGAGAAUUGGAGAGGGACAGUUUGGAGACGUUCACAAAGGAACCCUCUACCCCGGGACGAGGGAUGAAGUUUCUGUGGCUAUAAAGACAUGCAAACCAGACGCCUCACAUGAAGGCAGAGUCAAGUUUCUUGAGGAAGCCGCGGUAAUGAAGAAGUUUGAUCAUCCUCACAUCAUCAAGCUCUUUGGAGUGGUGUCUCACGAGAGGCAGACAUGCAUCGUCAUGGAACUGGCACCACUCGGACAGCUGCGUCGCUAUCUCCUGAGUGAAGGUUCGAGGAUCUCCAAACUCCUCCUCCUCCAGUACAUACACCAGAUGUCCUCUGCCAUGGUUCACCUGGAGGCCAAGAGUUACGUCCACCGCGACAUCGCCGCCAGGAAUGUGUUGGUGACAACUCCAGAGGUUGUAAAACUGGCUGACUUUGGUCUCAGUAGAGGACUGCAGGAUGGAAACUAUUACGUCGCGUCGAGAGGGAAGCUGCCUAUCAAGUGGAUGGCUCCUGAGAGUAUUAACUUCAGACGGUUCACUGGACUCAGUGACGUAUGGAUGUUUGGGGUUUGUUGCUGGGAGAUAAUGAUGAGAGGGGUCAAGCCAUUUGUGGGGAUCAAGAAUGAUGAGGUCAUCUCCAAGAUAGAGCUGGGAGAGAGGCUCCCGUUGCCCGCGGAUACGCCUGCCCCUCUGUUUAGUCUCAUGAACCGCUGUUGGUCUUACGAACCGGAGAAGAGACCCUAUUUCCGUGACAUUGAGGCAACGGUUGCUGACGUGCUGGAGGAGGAGAGACAACUGGAGAGUCUGACGUCACGUCGGGCCCCGCCCACUGCCCCACCCACUGACUACGCCCCUGAGAAGCCUCCCUACAGACCUCACUCCUCACAAGGCUUCAUGCAGGUGAAGAGAAGUUCUCUGUUAUCAGAUGAAGAAACCUGGCAACACAACCGCAUGUCUGGUAACCUUGACGACAGCCCUGCACUUCCUCCGAGGAUUGCCACAAGAUUCAGAGAAAUCUCCCCCUCCCCUCAUCCCCGUGACCACACCCCCUCUCCCCACACCAACGGCAGCGAGACUCCACCCCCUAAGCCUCCUCGUCGCAUCUCUCCAGAAAUACCUCCCGAACCUGUUCUUCAACUCCGUGCAAACCCUCCGCCCAUUGUCCCAUACUCCGUGACAACCAUCACCCAUGGCGACAGCCCCGCCCCUCAGAUGACCUCUGACCUUCGUCGCUCCGAGAGUCCCUGUCACCCCGUUGCCAUAGCACCCAUCCCGCCUCCCUCCAUUCUUCUGCGGGGAAACGAGGGAGCCCCUACUGAAUCUACCCCGUCUGGUGGAGUAUAUUACUCCAUCCCGGAGGACGGAGUACGGAGUCUGCGAGAGGAUGGACAGUUUGUCAGCUCCAGGGGAAGUGGGCAUGGCUCUAUCACGGGGUCUGAGUCCAGCCGUGAGGGUGAGGUAGGGGUGAGUGGGGAGAUGGAGGAGAAAGGAGAAGUGGGGGAGGCGGUGGGAGAGGAAGAAGUGCUUGGUAAAGUGACGAAUGUGGUGAAGGCAGUAAUGGAAUUGAGCCAUCGCGUGUCUCUCUCUCCUCCUGACGAGUACUUGGAGCUCGUAAAGGGUGUUGGCAUGGCGAUGAGGGAGUUGCUACAUACAGUUGAUGGCAUUAGACGGAAGAUUCCAGUCCAGUCACACCACGAGGUCAGAAUUAUUAAAUGUUCAAUUGACAGAUUAACAGCAUUACAGCAAACAUGGAACAAUGGAAAUAGUAUCACGCUCAUUGUAAAGUUGUUUUGCGUGUGCGCAGUGGGAACCAUACAGACCAUAAUAUUAUACUGCCAACUCUUUUGAUAAUCUACAGAUGGACAUGGCACAGAAAGUCCUCAGCUCAGACUUCAACCAGCUGAUAACAGCCAUGAAGGCAGCCCAGAAGAACGCCAACACGUUCUUGGAGGAGGUUUAUCAGAAAGAAAUGCUGGCAGCUGCCCACGUGGUGGCCAAGAACUCCAAACUAUUGUUUGAUGCAGUUGUUUCGUGUCUCAGGAAUGCUAGAUUGAGAUGACUGUAUCACAUGCGAUUCCAUGAUCUAUAGUAAUAAUUAUAAGAUAAUUAUUAUUAUUAUUAUCAAUUUUUAAUC